AUGUCUGAGAACCAAGAUGCACACGUUAUAGCAACUGCAUCGUCACCAUCAGCAGACGCUGUACGUAAUUUGCCGGUUGCAUCAACUCCCUCUGAUUGCAGAGACCCGUCAAUUCCAUCAUUGCUUACGCCGCCAUCAAUGCAACAUGUGGAAAACCAGGAGCUUGAUGACUUCAUUCUUGAAUUAUUAAAGAAGCCUCAAGAAAGAAUCUUUCUGCUUAAACUCGAAAACGAUCUCGAAGCUUUCAUCAACAAUUACCAGAUGUACCGUCUAGACUUGCCCCAAAUGAACUCUUACCAGAGACUUAUGGUGCAUAAAGUGGCACCUUAUUUCAAGUUGAGCCAUUUUUAUGACCCAAUCCGAAAGUCUGUUUAUCUGUGCAAAAACCAGUUUACUGAAUUGCCUGCCGCUCGUUUUCAAGAUCUAGUAAAGCUAGAAGAGGAAGAAAGUUCCGAGGAGAUGCCCAAGUUCAAGAUUAUGCGACGUGCACCCCUGUCCCAGAACCAGCGCCAGAAUAGCGAUGGCUCUAAAGGACCCAACUCUGGCAAGGAUAGGAAGAACAUGACUUAUGAAGAAAGGAGGGUGGCUUAUGAAGAAGCAAGAGCACGGAUCUUCCAGGGGUCGGAACAACCAAAGGAAGAUGGUAGUCGUGAAAACCCAUUGUAAUGGAAAAAAGAAAGCUUAUAUUUUGGAGAUAUACGAGGAUAAAGAUAUAUUUUGAGUAUAAAUUAUAGGAGUCUUUCUUUUCUUUUUGCCUUUAUUGUGUAUUACUUAAAGUGAAAUUCUUGUUUGAGUACAAUGAUAUUUCUAAUGUGGCCACCAUUAAAAAAUAAAAUAAAGAUCCUUAAAAGAAAACAAGGUCUAUUCUUUG